UGGCAUAGAAUUUAGGGGUAGGGGUCGGCAAAGAUUGUAUGAGGGGAACACGCCAUCUGUUAUUUUGGUUUGAUUAAGCCAGUACAAAGUAAUGUAUUAUUAUUUGUUGCUGACCGCACGUAGUAUAUUACUACACUAGACAACGAACAUAUUAUGUACACAGUUUAAAAUAUCGUUUGAAUAGUGCAUUCCUUCCCGGCAUUCAUUGUGGCGUUGUGGCAAAAUGGCUGCUCCCUGUGCUGUUGCGGGGUUAUUCAGCCAUAGGUGUAGAAGAAUAAUUCUCAGCAAAUUGGAAAAGUUAUGGCUUCAGAGGAAUUUCGGAGUGAACUCGUCCGUGGGUCAACACACCGAAACUGGAAAACCAGCGUCUGUCGACGAGAUUGUCGUUCCGAAAAAGAAAACAUGGGACAAAGUUGCAGUUUUGCAGGCCCUGGCCUCCACAGUUAAAAGGGAUGCCACUGCAGCACAGUACAUGUUUCAAGAUGAUCCCUAUCUCACCCCGAAGAUGUCUGCUGAGUUUAAACUGUACUCCCUCUCCCUGGAGUCAGGAAGAAGUGCUGCGAAGUACAUUGUCAACAGCUACCCCAAGUUCUUUCAGAAGGACUAUGCAGCGCCCCAUAUUCCUUGCCUGAUGCCUGAGACCCUGGAGCCUCAGAUCGAGGAGGUGAGUGAGGCCGCCCUCGUGGAGAGGAUCCAACUUCGGAAGGUGGGCGCGGCUGUGGACCUGUACGACCAGCUGCUGCAGGGAGGCACCGUGGUGUCUACGGACGUCACCAACGACUUGCUGGAUCUGAUCUGUUUCUACGGAGACCGUGAUCCUGCACAGGACGGACCCCGUAAGGAGGAAGUGGAGGUGGAGGAUCUGGAGGAGGUCCAGGAUGAUGUGCAGAAGCAGAAGAAGGGGAGGCCGCGCACAGCGUCUGAGCUGAUUGGAGUGGUGUGGAGGAAGAACAACAAUGCGGAGAGGAUCUUUAACCUAAUGCCAGAACUGAACCAGAGGGCCUACUGUGCUCUAAUCAGAGGCAUGGUGAAGCAUGGAGGGUACGAAAAAGCCUUCAGCACUUACACUGACAUGCUGAACGACAGGCUGACUGCGGAUGUCCAUACCUUCAACGCACUUAUCAAUGCUGCCCCAGAAGUCCGGGAGAAGUACAGCGACAAGUGGGACUUGAUUGUGGGUAUACUGAAACAAAUGGAAGAGCAGAAGGUGCAGCCAAACCUGUUGACCUUCAAUGCUGUGCUGAAGAGCCUGCGGCGCUGUGGUACCCAUGGGAGAGCACAGGCUCUGCACACGCUCAGCGAGAUGAAGGCCCUCGGCAUCGAGCCCAGUCUGGCCUCCUAUGCCCAUGUCCUGGGGAUUUUCUACAAAGGAGCCUCCUCCACCCGCAACCCCACGAGGAUCCUGCAUGAGGUGUUGGAUGAGGUUUUGGGGAAGAGCUUUGUUGCCCGCGAUCCGGAUGAUGUGAUGUUUUUCCCUGAUGCCAUGAGAAUAUGCCUGGACCUGAAGGAUGUGGAACUGGCCUACAGACUGCAUAGGUUCCUGGAGGAGGGGGACAACUGGCAGCUGCUGGGAGAUUCUUACCAACGAAGCAUCUACUAUGGGAGAUUUUUCAACCUGCUCUGCAUGAUGGAACACAUUGAUGUGGUGCUGAAGUGGUACAGAGACUUGAUCCCCUCACUGUACUACCCCAACCAUCAGGGGAUGACGGAUUUGCUCCAGGCUCUGGACACUGACAACAGACUGGAUCUCAUCCCUGAGAUAUGGAAAGACAUCAAGCAGCUUGGCCAUGCAAACAGGCCAGAUCUGGUAGAGGAAAUGCUGGCCCUGAUGGCCCGGGAUGAGCAGAGCCCAGAGAUCCAGGAGUCAUUCGCUGACUGUGCCCUGGCAGUGAAGGCAGUGUAUGAGCAGGGCAUCCAGGGCAGGGUGAGCCUGGAGUGGACAGCCAGCUCUCUCGGGAACAUCACGACCAUUCUGCUGAGAGCACGCCGGACUGAGGAGGCCUGGGCAAUGCUGCAACUCUUCAAGGCUAACAACAGAGUCCCACCGGCGAGGCUGCUGGAGGAGUUCCUGACAUGUGCCCAGUGCAGCGGCAGCUCCCAGCUGGCUGUAGAGCUGGUGCUACUGGCUAACAGCUUCAGCUUGCCUGCAACUGCACACAUUGCCUACAGGGUGGCCAAAGAGUUCAACCUCAGUGACAAGCAAAAGAAGGCUCUAGCAGGGCUGGAGGGCUCCAGUGACAGCAGUGGGAGUGACAGCGACAGUGACCACGAGUGACACCAGGGAGGAGUGACAUCCAUCAGCAGG